AUGGAUUUGAUUCCGCCCUCUUACGAGUCGGCAACGGACAGAGAUGCUUGGACAAUCAUUGCUCGAUAUAUCCCUUCAAGCGACCUAUGCGCUGCAUCUUUGGUCUGCCACCGAUGGCAUGGUUUAUUCAUGCCCUUCCUCUGGGGUGAUCCAGCAUCUCACUUUGGCACCGAGAAUGACGCAGUCUACGUGGCUCUUACUCGGUUUCGAAGGACCCUCAAAUAUGCCCGCCGGGAGGUACGGGCACUGACCCAUACCCUUCAUCUUCCACCUGCCCUUUCAGAGAUAUAUGAUGGUCCGCGACCGGGCUGGUUGAGGGACAUCUUAGAAUACCUGCCAUGCUUACAGUGUCUGAUGGUUUCAAAGCUGCCUUUCUUUGACCACAAUGCCAUGACAGCACUGAAAGCCCCUCAAAGCUCCACUAAGUAUAAUAUACGGCUUCUGUUAGCGAAACAUGAGCCGAAUACUACUUCUGCGAGCCUCGCGGAGACUCUCCUUCUAUUUCCAGCGUUGACAUACUUGGAUCUCUCGUAUACCACCCCAGCACGAGACCACAGUGUGCUGUAUGCCAUGGCUCGAAUGCCAUUUCUUCGGGUACUGAAAUUGCGCGGCAUCGGGUUAAAGGACAGUGAUGCUGAAUAUCUGGCCAAUGCAAUCGGACGACGAGUCCGCUUUUUGGAUCUAAGAGAUAACAGGCUUACUGACAUGGCAGUUCGGUCCCUGCUACAGGCCUCCUUUUCUCCGUUCGACGAAAGGGAACAGCACCGGAGUCCAAGGCAGGUCACCGCCUCACUGGACCCAUUCUCCCAUUUUGCAAUCCAUGAGUCUGGCUCAGACUUCUUCAGACGACCAGACCUGGAUGAGCAAUUUGCAAAGCUUCUCGCUCAGCCUGUUCUGUAUCACCCUUGGGUCGAAGACUUGCCGAACACAGGAAUCACCCAUCUUUACAUAGCUGGCAACCAAAUAUCCGUGGAAGCUGUGGCAAGUCUUUUAGUCUCUUCCCGCCUACACGCUCUCGAUUUCGGGACUCUAAGCAUCCCAGACAAGGCACACCAAACGCAUCAUUAUGGGAAGGAAAGGUACCCUGGGGCUGAGAAGUUUGUUCCCUUGUUGAGUAAGAUUGCGAGCGACAACCUGAUCUACCUCCGGGCACAUCAUGCUGUUCUCACUGGCCGACCACCUGCACCAGCAAAAGAUACCGCAUUCGCGAAUGAGUUUCUUUCAGAACUUUCAGCGCAAGGAGGCCACCGCAGAGCCCAGCAAUUCGAGCUAGACGCCUCUCGACAGGUUCAUGAGCUGCCCGAAGACACGCGGGCUAUAUUUGAACUAGCAGAUACGUCGAUGGCCAACUCAAUCAGUGUAACUUCAGCGAAAAAGGCACCACAUGGUUCCCACGCUUCGAAAAGCCGCGAAGAUGAGCCUCCACCGUCCGCCAUGCACGGGUCGGCCUUUGCUCCAGAAACUGUGCAACCAGUGCAUGUACCCAGCAGCGCCAAUGGAAGUCAUGCCUUUGGUGAUCCUAUGACAGAGCGAUGGAACACGGAGGCCAAGGGGGGCACAUCGCCGUUUAGUUCAGUGUCUCCAGACGGCGACACGCUGGCAGCGGAGUUUUCUCUGCAAGCCUUACAAUGUAACUCUCCAAGCUCAUUGAACGAUCCCCGCGCGCAAAAAAUACAGGAACUGCUGGCAAAAAGACCCCAUGGGCAAUCAUUUUUACCGCGAGGAGCAAAAGAAAGCGCCUAUCUGCACCCAUCACACAUCCCUCACAUGGAAACAUUGGUGCUGACGGAUGUGCCCUCGCAUGUGGCGCCCAACUCGACGAUCCUCUCUGCUAUCGCCCGUUUCAUUACUGCCUGCUCCAAUGAAGCGUUGCUUGCAACUUUGCAAGCGGGUUCAGACUAUUCUCUCCCACCGGGGCAAGCGCGCAUACAAGCCGAGCAGCAGCGGUCACAGUCUCUCUUUGGCUUGCGACGUUUAGUCCUAGAGAUCACACCGAUUGGUACCUCAAAACUGACAUCCUGGAAGCCCGGAAAACAAUACAAUGCAACGGGCCAAUCAAGCACGGGCGAUCGCGACUCGGAGAACCUCUGGUCUGCAGCUGUUAAUGACUUCAGCUUCUUCGGCGAAGAAGAGUGCGGCGUCCCCGAGAAUGAACCUAGCAAAUACUUUCCCAUGGCAGUGCUCGACCAGAAAGUUUCGCUUGUGCCCUCGGAAGAUGGGUCGAUGCAUUCAUCCGAUCCUCCUCAGCUCGGGCAUCCCUUCUCACAACCCACCAACGCGGCUAGUUUGCGGGGGUCAGGUGGCAACGACAAGCAGCAGACAAUUGACCUUGUUGCAGAGCUUGCGGCCUUUCGUCGCGGGAAGAAGGCUGAGUAUGAGCAAGUAGUCCGUCGUGAAAGAGGACGGCGGAGCACGAUUGGCACGGGUGCUUCCGGCCUGGCAUCAUUGCCCCAUAUUCAUUUGUCCCAUUAUGUCGAGGGCCAUUGGAAGGGAGAAGUGAAGAUCGUGCGGAACCCAGUGCCAAAUGUGCGGAGCGGGAUAGUAGACAUGUAUGGGAACUAUUUCGAGAAGGGCUACUUAUACCCAUGA